GAAUUGAGAGAAGAAUGAAGUUUUGGUCAAUGGCUUGUAAAGCAAAGAAAGUGUGAUGUGAAAUGUGACAUUUAUUCAAUCAUACAUAUUUGAAGCUUCUGAGAGUCUUGGAAAUUGAGAUAUUUUUCCAACUGGUUUUGCCUCUUUGGUAGGGAGCAAGAAAGUGAAAGAGCAAUCCAAGAAACUGUUUUUAGCGUUUGAAUUCUUCUUGAGUUGAGUGCAGUUUUGAAUUCAACAUGGCCACCUUGAAUAACCAUCAUAACAGAAACACACAACCACAGGUUCAACAGCAAACUCUUCACAUUGAGGCACAAGAUUCAAGCUUUGUCAACACACCAACAGUGGCAGGAAAAACAGUCAGAAAGCUAUUUCAGAUUCUUUUCUACUUGUAUCUGGUUCUGAUUUCAAUCUUGGUGAUUUUCAUCACCGUCUAUGGUCUUGUCUUAGACUAUUCAACCCACCAUUUCCACCCUGAGAAAUGGUACCCUCCACUUCUAGCAUCAACAGUAUGUGGAGGAAUUCUUGGUUUGAUGUGGCAAUGGAUCAUUGCAAGCCACCCGGAAAAGGCGCUCAGGGCAGCAUUUUGGUUGAGUCCAUUGUUAACGUGUGCAAUGGGAAUUCUGUUUGUGUUAAUUGGUUCUGCAUUGAGUUUGGUAGUUGGUAUAGUUUCUUUGAUUUCUGCAGUGAUUCAAUCCCUCUAUGGUUGUUGGGUCGGUAAGCGAUUCGUCUACGCCACUGAAAUCUUAUUGGUUUCAAAAGCUUCUCCUCCUGCUAAAACCAAGCGCUUAGCAUGUUCUUUAACUGUCAUCGGUAUCAUUUACUGCUGUUUUCUUGUGUCUGGAAUUGGCGGCGCAAAAGCUAUCCAAAACAGAACCAAACUAGCAGACAUUUGCAUCUUAGUGAUCAUACUGAGCCUUGGAUGGACUAUGCAGGUUCUAAAGAAUGCAAUACAAGUCACAGUUUCGAGGGUUAAGUAUAUGCAUUUUUCUGGAGGAGGUGACAUAGACACCAGAGUUGCAUUUUGUGACACAGUCAAGCACUUAAUUGGAAGUGUUUGUAUAGGCUCCAUCCUAGUCCCUACCAUUGGACUCUUCCGAGGCUUUGCACGAUCAACGAGUCUGAUUGGAGGUGAAACAAAUGAGUGCAUGUUUUCUUGUGUUAGUUGUUCGAUGGGAAUUGCGUCGCUUCUUGUGACAAAGGGGAAUAGAUGGGGUUUUGUGCAUGUUGGAGUUUAUAACAAAGGGUUUGUGCAAGCAUCUUCUGAUACUUGGGACAUGUUCAUUAGAGUUGGAUUAGAGGAAUUGAUAGAUUUGGAUCUCACUGGUGCAUUCUGUUUUCUUAGUGGUGUUGCAGUAGGUGCAAUUUGUAGUCUUGUGAGUGGAAUCUGGAGUCUUAUACUGUACAAGAACUAUGCCAUGGAAUUAUCCAUUUAUGCUUUCCUCAUUGGCUAUUUCCUGUGUAGGUUGGCUAUUGCAUGGCCACAAGCAUGCGUUUCGGCUUACUAUGUGGCAUACGCAGAGAACCCACAGAGCACUCAAUUUGACUCAAUUAUUCCAGUACGUUUGGAGCGGCUUCACAGAUCUCAAGCUAUACAAAGAUCUUCCUGAGCUUAAACACUGAAGAUAAUAGAAUAGCAUACUGGUCGCUUGAUUUAGUUUUGAUGUAUUCUUCAAGUAUGAUAAAUUCUUUGAUAAUGUUGGUACUUUACUCAUCUACAUGAAUAGAGAAGAGAAAUGAUUUUUUGA